ACACGUUUUAUUUGUGCUUAUUAAUACUAUUACGAAUUUACCCCCAAAUUUUCAUAAAAGAAACGUCGAGUUUGUCUAAUUUGAGAUCUGAUUGGUAAUUAUAUGGACUUCCUUUUUUGCUUUUUUUAAUUAUUUAAUAUUUAAUAAAAAUGUUGAAAUUUCUCACACUCCGUUUUGUACUCUCGUCUUUUUUCAUUGCCAACAAAUUUCGGAAUUGCUGCCUCUGAUUAGAUCCUUCGAUUCGUGAGGGGAAGAACCCUAGCCAGCUCCAGAAGUUAACGGAAGCCUUAGCUGCUGUAGAUUUGGAGAGAAAUUUUUUUGUUUCAUUCUGUAUUUAGGUAAAGGGGAUAGUAUUUAUAGCAUUUUGUUCACUGUAAUAUUCAUUGCCUUUAGCUUCAAAUUUUCUGAAAAUGUUUGGAACUACUUCAGUCAAGAUUUCAACAUGCCCGUCUAUGCUAUCUUCUACUUUGACCACCAUCCCACAGUCUUCGCCGAAAAUUUUGCCAUAUCUUUCACCAAAACCAAGAACAAGGCUGACAAAAGUUAGAGCUAUGUCUGCUAGUACCGAGCAUACCCCACCAUCUGCUUCUCCAGAGAAAAAUAAUCUACUUGCAGUUUUUUUAGAUGUUCCUCAGAAAAUUUGGAAGCAAACAUUGCGUCCACUGAGUGAUUUUGGGUUUGGUCGUAGAAGCAUUUGGGAAGGUGGGGUUGGGUUGUUUCUUGUGUCUGGUACAGUACUUCUUGCACUUAGUCUGGCUUGGUUGAGGGGGUUUCAGAUACGUUCUAAAUUCCGGAAGUACUUGGCGGUGUUUGAAUUUGCUCAGGCAUCUGGUAUUUGCACUGGAACACCUGUAAGGAUUAGAGGGGUGACUGUAGGCAAUGUUGUACGUGUUAAUCCCUCCUUGAAAAGUAUUGAAGCAGUUGUUGAGGUUGAAGAUGAUAAGAUUAUUAUACCUCAAAAUUCACUUAUUGAGGUGAACCAAUCUGGUCUUCUGAUGGAAACUUUGAUUGACAUCACACCUCGGGAUCCAAUCCCAACACCAUCGGUGGGACCUCUUGACACUGACUGUAUUAAGGAAGGCCUAAUUGUAUGUGAUAGGCAAAAGAUAAAGGGACAACAAGGGGUAAGUCUGGAUGCAUUGGUAGGGAUAGUCACCCGUCUUGCUCGUCAAAUGGAAGAAAUUGGUAUUGCCAACACUUAUUCACUUGCUGAACGAGUUGCUGCUGUUAUUGAGGACGCAAAGCCCCUGCUCACAAGGAUUGAAGCCAUGGCUGAAGAUGUGCAACCUUUGUUGUCUGAGGUUCGUGAUAGUGGUCUGCUUAAGGAAGUUGAGAAUUUGACCAGAAGCCUAACGCAAGCCUCUGAGGAUUUAAGAAGGGUGCAGUCAUCUGUUAUGACCACUGAGAACACUGAAUUGCUUCAAAAAUCAAUUUAUAGUCUGAUUUUUACAUUGAAGAAUAUUGAGAAUAUAAGUUCCGAUAUAAUGGGAUUCACGGGUGAUGAGUCCACAAGAAAGAAUCUAAAAUCACUUAUCAAGUCUCUCAGCAGGCUAUUAUAGGGGGAGAAAUUGAUUAGGAAGUCCAAACCAAAAGCUGGUUUGUCUAUUCCAUUAUUAAUUUCCAUUACAAUUUCUUAGAGAAUCUUGAUGCUUAAGAUAUUUGUUACAUACCUUUUCCUGCUGGAAAUGCCAAUUGAAUUUUGUCAAUCGGUUUGCUUUGCCAUAAUUAGGAGUUGCAGUGGCUUUUAGCAACAGUUGCUAAUAUAGAAUAUUGAUUUUAAGUAGAAAACAUUCUUGAGGCAUCUGGUUACAGGGUUGAAAUAAGUACAUUUCAACAUUGUACAACUUUUGCAUAAGUGGAAACCCUGUCUUUCCCUGUCUUGUUGACUUCAUUGAAAUACUAUCCUUUUGUCAGAAACAAAGUAUAAUAGUUUUCCAUUAAUUUACUAUGCUUUUGAUGGAUCUUUUGAAACUAUUAAAUGAAUACUACAUUCCCUUUUCUUUUCCCCUUUUUGCUCCACAGCCUGAGUUUCCUGCAAGCUUAUGCAGAAUUAUCAGAAUCUUAAGAUCUCACAUUUUCCUCCUUUAAAUUAAUGUGCUCGAAAAUAAAAAUCAAAAUAAAAGAAAAUUGGUAUUUUACAGAGCUUGGAUUCGUAUUUUAGGUUGUAACUGAUGUUUUGAGAGCAAAAUCUGAGCUAAAAGAUAGAUGAACAGUGACAAACUACCA